AUGUGGUUCACAUCUCGACCGGUUCAUCGAGUCCUUCUGCUAGACAUUCUUUUGAUUUACAGUACCGUUUACGCGGAGACAUGGGCCCCACUGGCCAGCCCGUAUAAUCGUUUCACGGCUAAUACUGUACGAAAACGAUUUGGUCAAAGCGUUGUCGAGGAAGGAUUGCCAUUUUGGCUGGAACGGCGAGCAGUUUUUGCGGAACCGGACACUGAAUGGGGUUCGGAAUCGAUCGUGCCGUAUCUGAGUCAGGCUGGUACGCCGGAAGAACUCGCUCCUCCGCGAGGCUUGGAAAAGAAAAGUCAACAAGAGAUCGAUAACCUGAUACACCUGCUAAGGGAGGAAAAAUCACGACAAUAUGGCUAUAAAGCUGAUAUUGCGGGUUUCAGUUCAGAAGACCCUAUCCGAGUGGUACGUCGAGAGGACAAAUCCAUCCCCGGUGGAGUUGGUCAACUGAGUGGAUAUCGUUCCCAUAUGAGCUGGCAACCGAUUGAUUCUCGUUAUUUGAUUACAGCAAUCGGAGUCGUUUGUUCCGUUUUCGGGAUUAUGGUGAUCACUGGAGCUGUGGUUUACUAUCAAAAAGUUCAGUUGCCCAAGAAACGGAAUCAAGAAAACGACUUUGGAGGUCUACUACCUGCAAAGCCCAGUCCGACCGGAAGUUUAUUGGGCGAUGCAACCAAUGUCAGUUUGGACGGGGAUCGUAAACUGGCCCACUCGGCACAAAUGUACCACUACCAGCAUCAGAAACAGCAGAUGUUAGCCGUUGAAAGAGCCAGUGAUGCUGCUCAAGGAAGUGAAGAGGGUAGUGAAUCGGAUGUUGAAGAAGGUGAUUUUACGGUUUACGAAUGUCCAGGAUUGGCCACGACCGGGCAAUUAGAGGUUGAGAAUCCUCUGUAUGAGGGAGACGCUGCUACUAACGGGCCGAGCACAAACGGGAGUUACGGUGAAAUUAUUGGUGCUAGUGAUCUGGAAGAAAACUCGGAUAGCACACCGACUACUAAGGCGGAAGAACAUUGA